UGACGCAUCCAUUGCUUGCAUUUCAUUCCUCCCCUUCUUCCUUCUACCAGAAAUCACAACCUAGAGAGAGAGGAGAUAGAGAUAGAGAGAGAAAGCGCGUUAAAAGACCAAUUUGACCUUCGAUCCUUUUCAUUUUCCUCUCUCUUUCUCGCUCCUUCCCAUUCAUCACAUUCAUCAUCCAUUCACAGACACCAUGAACCAGAAGGCCAACGUUUCCAAGGAGCUCAACGCCAAGCACAAAAAGAUACUUGAAGGACUCCUUAAAUUGCCGGAGAAUAGGGAAUGUGCUGACUGCAAAGCUAAAGGCCCAAGAUGGGCUAGUGUCAAUCUUGGUAUAUUUAUAUGCAUGCAGUGCUCCGGAAUACAUCGAAGUCUUGGGGUACACAUCUCAAAGGUUCGCUCUGCUACUUUGGACACCUGGCUCCCUGAGCAAGUAGCAUUCAUUCAAUCGAUGGGAAAUGAGAAGGCAAAUAGUUACUGGGAAGCAGAAUUGCCGCCAAAUUAUGAUAGAGUUGGAAUUGAAAAUUUCAUUCGUGCAAAGUAUGAAGAUAAGAGAUGGGUUUCAAGAGACGGGAAUUCAAAAUCACCUUCUAGGCUGCAAGAUGAGAAAACUCAAUCAAAUUGGCAAAAUCCAGGGGAAAGAGGUAGGCAGAGCUAUGUAACUGCAUCUGAGAAUGCUUUUGUGGAAAGGAAGAAAAUCCAACAAUCCAAUGUAAUUCCGGCUACAAGAAUCAGUCCAUCAAAUGUAAUUCCUGCGACAAGAAUCAGUGUUCCUGCUCCUCCUAAAGGACCUGAGCAGGUAACUCAUGUGGCCAAACCUCAGCAUAUUGAGAAAGUGGAACCUGCGGUGCCACAACCACAAGCUGAAACUUCACAGUCUACUGGCACAGCUCAAAAUUCCGCCCCCAAAGUUGACUAUGCUACUGACCUUUUUGAUAUGCUGUCUAUGGAUGAUCCAAGUGAAAAGAGCUCAGGUCCAGCUGAUGCUACUGCUGAUGAUAAUAACUGGGCAGGUUUUCAGUCUGCUGCAGAGACAUCAACAGCCAAGAAGACUGAGACCACGAAAACAGUUGAAAAUACACCCCGUCCAACUUCUGGAAUCGAGGAUCUGUUUAAAGAUUCACCUUCAAUUACACCAAGCUUAGCUUCAGAAAAGCCACAAAAAGAUGUUAAAAAUGACAUCAUGAGUCUUUUUGAGAAGACCAAUAUGGUGUCUCCAUUUGCUAUGCAUCAACAGCAGCUAGCCAUGCUGGCACAGCAACAGUCUCUUCUAAUGGCUGCUGCUGCUAAAUCUGCAGGUGGGGAUUCCAAGUAUUCUUCUAGUGUACAGCAACCCGGGUCCAAUAUUCCUAUCCAAAGUUGGCCAACGGCUGGUUACCCUAUUCCAGGAGUAAUGCCCAUCGCAGGUCAGGGAGAGUUGCAGAAACUUAUGCAGACAAUGAACAUGACUUCAGCGCAUCCAGCAGGGAGCUCAGUUCAGUAUCCACCAUCUAGUUACUACACUAUGGGGCAAGUUGCUCCUGUUAAUGGUAUGAUGACAGCGGGAGCAAGCAAACCUCAGUCAGCAGCUCCGGUAUCAUCAACCACUCCUCAGAAGGAGAAGGAAUAUGAUUUUUCCUCCUUAACACAAGGAAUGUUUGCGAAGCAGUGAUUGGCAAUUGCCUGCAAUAUUUCAUAUACCAUAGAAAGUUAGUUAAACUUACAGAAAAGAGUACUUUCUUUCUCUGUCAUUUGACAUGUGCUUGGGUUGUAAACCAUUUCCAGAGCUACUGGGAUAGUUCAGCUUUUUACUUCUUUUGGGUGAUUGGUUAUUUUGUAUCGAUAGGUGUAUUAUUCACAAUAAAUUUUGGUGACGUUAAUUGUUCAUUCCUGUUUUCCUUCUA